AUGAUUUCGCUACUUUCAUGGAGGCAAAUGCUCAAUGUAACAAUAACAUCUGACAAGAAUUUGGAGAAGGAAAGAGUGAAGAUAACUGAGGAUGAUAUAGAAGAGGAGGUUAAUUUUUGGAACUCAACAAUCUUUUGCUAUGUUCUUGGAGCUAACCCUCCCCUGUCUGUAAUCGAUGGUUUUGCAAGAUGUGUAUGGAAAGAUAAGAUUGAUAAGGUUGGAAUGAUUUCAUAUGGAGUAUUCUUGAUCCGUUUUUAUACCAUAGAAGACAGGGAUAAUCUGCUGAAUGGAGGGUAUAUCUUUUUCAAUAAACGUCCUGUUGUAAUGAAACCAUGGAACCCAGAUUGUAACUUUAAAAAGGAGAACCUUAAUGUGAUUCCAAUUUGGGUUCAAUUGGAAAAUCUGGAGUUGAAAUACUGGGGAGAGAAGUCAUUGUUCAAAAUGAUAGAGCAAUUGGGAAAGCCAAUAAUGGUGGACUCAAUUACCAAAGAGAGAGGUAAGCUAAUGUAUCCGAGAAUUCCUAUUAAAGUCUCGAUACAUCAGGACUUACCAGAUCUUAUUGAUUUUGAAGAUGAAUAUGGCUACAACACAUCUGUUGGAGUCAACUAUGAGUGGAAACCAAGGGUUUGUGAGCAUUGUAAAGGAAUGGGGUACAAAACAAUCGAUUGUAGGGAAAAGACAGGUGGUACACAAGAAUGGAUUGUGAAGAAAAAGGUUGAUGAACCAACUGGGAAGGAUAAAGCUCAGACUAAUGAAGCAGAUACAGAUGGUUUUCAACCAGUUCAAAAGGGCUGGAGACCAAAGGAAACUCGACAAACUGAGUUGACUGUAACAGACAAUUCGUAUCCAAUUUUAGAAAAGGCAGAGAUGGAGAGUAUAGAUGAGGGUGAUACAUUGGGAAAGAGAAAGAAGGAUAACAUAGGAGGAGGGGGAGAUCCUCCUCUUUCCAAUGGAUAA